AUGACAGAAGAAUUAAAUUCAAGUCUUGACUCUUUGGAAUUAGAAAUUUAUCAUCGACCUAAUCCAAAGAUUCAAUCUAUAAUUAAUUACUUAAGAAAAAUUGAAUUAAAAUUUUGCACUGAUCCUAGAAAAAAAUAAGAAGAAUACAUAUUUUAAAAUAUUACAACUUCAAAAGAAGAUUUUGGGUUGCAAAGAAAUAAAUUUUUUAAUAGAAAAUAAACAAAUAAGAAAAUUGACUGUCCCAUUCUCUGA